AUGGCAUUCAAAUUCAUUGUUGUUCUUGCAUUCGUUGCUGUUGCUAGCGCUGGACUUAUUCCUGCUCAUCAAGGAUAUCAUGCUGGUCACCCAGUGUUGAUCAAAUCUGAGGAUACUUACGAUCCUCAUCCACAAUACCAAUUCUCUUAUGGAGUUAAUGAUGCUCACACCGGAGAUGUCAAGAACCAAAUCGAGACCCGUGAUGGAGAUGUUGUCAAAGGAGAAUACUCCCUAAUUGAUGCUGAUGGUUACAAGAGGACUGUCCACUACACCGCUGAUGACGUACAUGGAUUCAACGCUGUUGUCCACCGUGAACCACUCGGACAUGUUGUAAAGGCCGUUCACUCUGCUCCAGUUGCUUAUGCUGCACCUGCUGUCAUCAAAUCAGCUCCUUUGGCUUAUGCUGCUGCUCCAGCUAUCGUGAAGUCAGCUCAUGUUGGUUAUUCGGCUCCAGCAUAUACCCAGACUUAUGCUGCUACUCCAGUUGCUUACUCGCAUGCUCCAUCAGUCGCAUACUCUCAUGCCCCAUCUGCCUACACCACCCAGACUUUAGUGAAAUCAAGCCCAGUCUCAUAUUCCGCUCCAGCUUAUGCUUACCAUCACUAAGAGUGGAGUGUUGGAAUAUCGAAUGCGUAU